CUGGCCUGAAUGCAGCAACCAAAGCGCUCCCUCCGCCUCGUCUGUCCUCGACACUCUCGCCUCUCACCCAUACUCACCCGAGCCCUCUAGCCUGCAUGGCUCCCUCUGCCCGCCUGGUUCGGGCGGUCCCGUCACUUCUCACCACUACCACACCUUGGCGUGCACUCACUCCCUCUAAUUCAAAGGCCAAGUACUGCUCCAGCAUACGGCUGCUAUUACUUUACCAGCCACUCUUGCCCCACAUCCGCAGUCGUCGCACAACAACGUCCUUGCUCCUACUGCCGGCCCAAGGUACAGCGUUAUUGCCCUGUGCAACUUACACGUCCCAUGCUCGCCCACCUCCACCACCACCACAUGACAUAAUCUUCUCUGCCGACCAGCCCGCUGACCUGCCCCAUCGAGCAUUAAAGCUCUUUCCUGACUGGCAACUCACCGGCUCCCGGAAAGGCGUCGUGCGUCAAUUUACUUUUUCUUCUUUUACCAAAGCCUGGCGCUUCAUGUCCCUCAUCGCAGAUGAAUGCAAGGCCAAGAACCACCAUCCCUCCUGGUCUAAUCUCUAUAAUCAUGUCACCAUUGAAUGGACCACUCACUCUCCCAACGGACUUAGUACAAAGGAUAUCGAGAUGGCCGAGUUUUGUAAUCAAAAGGCUGCCGAGAUUGGGCUCAAGCAAUAACCUCUAUUACUUACGCCCAAUACAAUAUCUCUCCAUAUCUGCCGCCCUUUGAUGACUGAGCGAGCU